UUUAACACGACCAGCAACUGGAGCAGCACGCACACAUCAAUCGGGGUGAGUGCGUACCGGCUGCCUUUCAGCGCAACCGGAACAACAUCUUCCGGAGGAAGCACAAGAACUCCAGACGACCGGCCACAUGACGUGGCUCGUGAUGUCGCCCCGAUAGAGGAAGCAGAAACUACGGGCGCUGAGACAGAAACUAGUCCAAGAACCAGCGCGCAGUUGCGUGCUGAGGAUGUUGACGCUUGCGAAUCUUCCGUGCUAUUAGAUGAACAAACAGACACGACUGUGGUAGAAAACCAGGAGCGACGAGUCACUAGACCUGGUUAUUUUGAUCCUCGGCCUCGUGUGCAGCAGGAGUACGACCGUGUUCAACAAGAAGACUGGGGACUAGUAGAAGAUGAAGAAGAAAGAGACGACGCCGUACCGGACCUAGAGCACUACAUGUCUAUCAGCGAACACCGUAGAAUUUUGC